AUGGACAAGAGGCGCAUUACAGCUGGUGCCCAUGAUCUUGGUUUGAGAUGGUUGUUGGUGCUGAGCAACACAGAGGCCCUUCAGAGCAAGCAGCGGGCUGAAUUCACCAAGUUUCCAUUUGGGAUUGUGCUUGAUGCUGCAUCGACAUAUACUUCGAUUUAUCUUUACCACUGGCCUAUGAACACAAUGAAUGGAACCGGGGUCGUCAGUCAGCUGUACAAGUGUGACGUUGAUGGUAAUGGGAUUUCCAGCUUUGCCAACGACCCAGCAAAGGCUGGCCAGUUACUCAGGCCAUGCUUAGACAAAAUGCUAAAGUAUAUCCCACCAAAGGAAUUCCAGGAAACCAACAUCUUUCUGGGCGCUACCGAUGGCAUGCGUUUACUCGAAUUGCAAAACCAGUCACAGUCCCGGAUAAUUCUUGAUGUAGUUCAGAAAACUAUUCAAUCCUACCCAUUUCAUUUUUGCAAGGCUGUGAUUCUCACAGGAGCACAGGAGGGAGCCUUUGGAUGGACCUCUGUGAACUAUCUUCUGAAAUCCUUUCUCCAGUAUUCCUGGGAAGGUAUCUGGAUUCACCCAGAACCUAUACAGACCUUUGGUUUGCUGGACCUUGGGAGCUCAUCCACUCAACUGACCUUUAUCCCAAAACAAGUCUUCAAGAAUAUGCCAGGGAAGAUGAAUAUCCACUUGUAUGGCUACAAUUACACCAUCUACACUCAAAGCUACCCAUGCUAUGGCCAACAGCAGUCUAUCAGAAAGUACAUUGCCACAUUAUUAAAGGCCACCUCAGGAUUUUUCCAUGUCUUCCAGUUUUUGAAUUUAACUUCGGUGAGGCCAAGUCUGUACAAGACCAAGAGGACAAUUGAAGAAUUCUGCACCCGGAACUGGAAAGAGGUGGAUGCUGCAUACCCAAAUGAGAAGCAUGAGCAACUGAGAGACUACUGCAUUUCAGCAAACUACAUAUAUAUUUUGUUAGUCAAUGGCUAUGAGUUUAACUCCAGCACCUGGGAGAAUAUAGUUUUUGAUAAGAAGAUUGGACAGACAGACAUCGGAUGGACCCUUGGCUACAUGCUGAAUCACACCAACAUGAUCUCUUCCAAACCUCCAGGGAAAAUAAAGACUCAGUCUAAUACCGUCUGGUCUUCUGUCUCUUCUAUCCUCGGACUGACCACUUUAUUGUCUGUGUUGGUCAACGUGAUUCAUUUUAAACAAAAAGCUGAAUCGAAAAUCCAACCACUUGCUGGGAAAUUUCAUUGUGCCAAUUGA